AUGAAGUGGACGAACCAAGAGCGGCUUCAUGCGUAUGGCGUCCGCCUGGUUGGCUGGCCCGCCGAUAUACCCCUGCAUAACCCCUCGAUACUGAAGGCAACACAGAACGCCGCCCUCCUCGACGCCUUACGAAAAGGGUGGAUACGCUUUGAGCGCUUGAAUGCGCCUCCGAGUGAGGAUUUGGGAACGAGAACGGAGGAAGACACCGUCGACGAGGAUAUCUCGUGGGCUUGUAACGAUGCGGGGGAGGCAGAGUCGUUCUGCUUCGAAGUCUACAUCACCAUCCGGACCCGUCGGCGGAAACCAUGGGAGGAGCGGGAGAUCCUGCCGCUCCGCCUGGCUUUCGAACAGAGCGCGCGAUGGAUGGUGGACGAUAGCGCCUCGCGGCGCGCCAGCAGCCCCAUCUCUGCCAUCCCUCCGGAGACACUGAUAGAGAUAUUUGACGCGUGUCGCGUCCGCAACCACUACGAUGACCGUGAUCUAAACGCCCUCACCGUGCGCGCCGGGCCGCCCACUGUCACGGCCGUCUGCGCAGACUGGCGCCGCCUCGCAAUUGCCUCGCCGUCGCUAUGGACCGACGUUCAUUUCAAUAUAUACUCUCCGGCCCUCCUCCUCGGUGCGGCCACUCUUCUCGAAACCUUCCUUUCUCGAUCAAUGAACCUACCCCUCCAUGUCUGCAUCGCACUGCGUCGCGGCAUCGUUUGGGAAGAGCAGGAAGUCCUACCCCUUCGCUUGCUUGUCAAGCAGAGCAUGCGAUGGGCCUCUCUCCAAGCAUGCGUCGAUAUAUUUCUCUGUCGAUCUCUGCUCCCUAUCUCCGGUCGCCUCCCUAUCCUCCAGACAGUGCGCUUUAAUAUGCUGACGGGAUGUGACGACGUGGAGUGGGCGCCAUUCCGUGGUCUAUUCAGCGACUGCCCGAUGCUGAUCAAUUUUGACGGAGAGUCCGGCCCCUCGUUCUCGCUACCCUGGGAGCAGCUACAGCGCCUAUAUCUUCGCUUGUCGUUCCCCAUAGAGGCGGCAGAGCGCGCGACGCGUGUACGCGCCCUGAGCCUCACAUGGUAUAGCUUGGAUUCUCAUACGCCGGACACAAAGGAUAUCCUCCACCGACCUCAUCUUCAGAAGGCGUCCCUCGAAUUCCAUCUUCUCCGCCGCAUACGAGCGCCGUUGCUAUCUGAAUGCCACAUCCGCGAUAUCGUUGGCCACCACGCAAAGCGUCCCCAACGUAUACAGGAUAUUGCGAACUAUAUUCGCGCGAACUGCAAUUCGCUUACCGCGUUGUCGCUGCGUCUCAGUCCAGUCGACCCUGAGGCGCUCGAAGCGCUCCUGAUGGAAUGCCCCGCUCUGCGUCGGCUGCAGGUGGAGAUCUGUGCAAACUACGAGGUGUCUGAUGAAGACGACGCCCGGGUGCAUACGCGGAUGACCAAAGCCCUUACCGUAUGUGCGGGUGAAGUACCACUGAUCCCCGCCCUCGUUGACUUGCGCGUCAUCAUGCGCAGCGUCCGCUCUGCCGCGUCCGUCAGCGGAUUCGAACAAGUGUUACAGUCGCGCGCAAGUGCCUACAAUGGCGCGUCCGCUCUUCAGUCAUUCACACUCAAAAUACAGGGGGUCCAUCCGGAUCCCAGGGUUCCUGACGUUCUCGCGCAACUUACGAGGGUCAACUUCGAGGGAUGCACCACGGGCGGGGGGGCGAAAAUCGACAUAGAGCGGGGCGUACCGCACUGGAAGCUGGAAAGCGCAUGGCAGAGAUGGAUAGAAGUUUAGAGUAGGUAUGCCAACGAAAGACGUAUGAUCAGUCGAAACAACAUUGACAGACUGCUGCCAUCCUCAUGACAUUGGCAGCGAGGACCCCCCCCCUCUCUCUCUCCGUCCUCGCCCUCCGUCCUCCGCUUUACGUCUCAGCUUACCGACUCUGUCCCCCCCCCCCGAGAGAACAGUCGCUCCUUCACAUCAUUCCCGAAACAUUACUUAUGUACAGCGAGUUAUAAUCCUGGGGUAUGAAGAAAUCAAUGGAAUAGGAGCUCUGAGGCCCAAGUCCCC